AAGAAAGUAUCUACUAAAUAAGAAGUCAAGAGGGAAAAGACGGGAGUCAGCACUGGAGAAAUAAGAGAUUAACCGCAAUGUCAGCAUUGGAUAAUUAAAAGAAGAUAUUUGUUUUUGUAACGUUACCGAUCGUUGAUGAAAAUUCAGGUGUCCGUGACCGAAAUAUAAUUAACAUUCCUCGAACGUGCAUCAAUCGUGUUCGUGAUAUUCUAAUGUGGUGAAUGUGCAGAGAAGAGAAAAAUUUGGACGUGCAAGACAACUACUAGUAGAGAGCUAAUCAUUACUAAAUAUAAGGGAAACUAUUUAUAAAAUUUAAUAAAUAGUAAACGUUUAUCAGCAAUCGGUCUCUACUACACCUAUUAAUCGUUCAUUUCAGUCGCUUCCCGGGGCCAGAAUGCUGGAAACACAGGAGAGAGGAUACUUUCAUUGGGCAGAUUGGCUGGUGUUCGCGUUGAUGCUCGCCGUAUCCGCCGCCGCAGGAUUAUGGCAUUACAGGGGAGCACAGAAGUCGAGCACGGAAGAUUAUCUCCUAGGAGGAAAGAGCAUGGCUCUCUUUCCCGUAUCAGCUUCCCUCGUCGCCAGUUUCAUAUCCGGCGUAACAAUCCUUGGAACACCCGCAGAGAUAUACAAUUUCGGGACGCAAUAUUGGAUCACUAUUAUUUCCAUAUUCUUCUCGGGCCUCGUCGUGGCGCUUAUUUAUGCUCCUGUUUUCGUUGCGCUCGGAUUAAAUUCUGUUUACGAGUACCUGGAGAUGAGAUUCAGUCGCAGCGUUAGGAUGCUUAUUUCGCUGAUCUUCCUUAUCGACGUGGUCCUUUACCAAUCGAUCGUGGUCUACGUCCCGGCGUUAGCGCUAAAUCAAGUGAGCGGCAUCGACGUACAUUUGAUCGGGAUCAUUGUAUGCUUCAUAUGCGUGUUCUACACUGUUUUGGGUGGUAUCAGGGCAGUAGUUUGGACGGAUGCGCUUCAGGUUGGAGUCAUGAUUGCUGCUGUUCUAACUGUCAGUAUACUGGGUACUUAUCAAAUUGGCGCCGCGGAAAUAUGGAAGAAGGCCCAGGACACCAAUAGAAUAGAAUUCUUAAAUUUUGACCCGUCUCCUUUCACAAGACACACGGUAUGGACUGUGUUAAUUGGAUCGUGGCUUUACAGUACCGCAUACAUAGCCGUGAAUCAAACUAUGGUUCAGCGGUAUAGGUCGUUAAAAGAUCUGAAAACGUCCAAACUAUCAUUAGCGAUAUUUACUAUCAGUAUUAUGUUAUUCAUAUCAUUGUGCUGCUGGUGCGGCCUGGUACUCAUAGCCUGGUGGUUUCCGCCUAAAUGUGAUCCUAGAGCAUCUGGUUUGAUCACUGCCGAUGAUCAAUUAUUGCCCGCUUACGUAAUGGAAAUUGCACAGCAUUUACACGGGAUACCAGGUCUUUUCAUUGCCGGAAUUUUUGGAGCAGCUCUCAGUACCCUUUCUGUGGGUUUUAAUUCAACAGCAGUGGUACUUCUAGAAGAUUUUGUGAAGGGUUGCUUCGGUAUGAAACCGAGUAACCGAUGCUCCACUAUUUUUGUAAAAUGCGUGGUUGUUUUGCUUGGUUUCAUAGCUGUUGGUUUGUUAUUCUUGGUUGAGAAAUUAGGAGGAGUUUUAGUUAUAACCGGAAGUCUAGCAGCAAUUGCUGCAGGUACCUCUUUUGGAGUGUUCACGUUAGGUAUACUCUUCCCAUGGACAAAUUCCAAGGGUGCGUUCGUGGGUGCUAUUGUAGGAUUCGUGAUCGCUGGCUGGGCGAGUUUAGGUGCAAAUUGGUCUAUCGGUGCCGGGCUGCUAGUCCCUAAGAAACUUCCGGUGCCCCUUUCUCAUUGCCCUAGCAAUAUCUCUGAAAGUUUCCUGAAGCAGUUUGAUCGUCCGGACGAAGAAAAUGUGUUCUCCUUGUAUCGAUUAUCGUAUCAUUGGUUCACCGGUUUAGGCACGAUAAUUGUCAUCGUCGUAGGUAAUUUGAUUAGUUGGAUAACUGGUAUUACGGAUCCUUCCACCAUUGACAAAAGAUUGCUUUCGCCAAUAAUUCAUUCUUUGCUGCCGAAACCUAAACAAGAAAAUAGCGUUCAUAUUGAAAGUACUCCUGGAAAUACCGAAUUAGCCACGACAGCAAGUCUCUUGCUGUACGACUUAAAAAAGAAACGGAGAAGUCAAAAUUUUCCUAACGGCGUCACAACAUAGUCCAUGGAUCAUGUUUCAAUAGUACACUGAACAUUUACAAACAAUGAAACUAAACCAUUGCUAUGCCGUUGGUACCGGUGCUCUGGAUGGUUCAAUAUCGAAAGCAAAACUCUCGAAUUGGGCGCUCGCUUCUCGUUCGAACCCUUUUCGGUACUUCUUUAGGUCUAGACACCAUUGUAGACAAUAGUGUUCGUGAAUUGUUACAAGUCGUAGAUCGACUUGUCUAAUUAAACCAAAAUCCACGUUUUUUAUACGCACAGUUAAUGAGAUGC